UUUCAAAUAUAAAAUGGCUGAUUUUUAGUGACAAAUAUAAAUCGAAUGAAUAUGGAGACGUUUUCACUCAUAUGCUGUCUUUUAAUUUUAUUUUUUUCAUUUGAAACAAGUUUACAAGCAGCAUUGGAAUGGGAUCCAAAUUACUCAGUGCCAAGCACACCCCCACCAGAUGCAGAACGAGCCUAUCACAUGACUCUUGAUCACAUAUCUGGACAACCAUUGAUAGCAUGGUUAAAAGAUGCUGCUGGUGGCAAUAUCUUGAACACCACUUCAGGGACAUUUAAUCUGACAUCUGUGGACAAAAGUGUGCACCUUGGAGGACCACUAAGUGGAGAUACUUGGUUAUCAAGUGGUGGACAGUUGUGCCAGUAUUCACCAAAUCAACCAUUUCCACUUCGCUAUGAAGGGUUUUACUGGAGAACAAGAUGUUCUCAAUCUGAAGCUAAGCUGACGAUUCCUUAUUUUGAUGGAGAACUAAGAGCAGACCAUUUAUUUCAUCAACAUCCACAAGGAACAGUUCCACCACAGGGAAGAUACUACAAAAUAGAGACGGAAUUCGGAGGAACACUAAUAACCUUAACUUCAACUAGCUCAUUUACAAUAUCAAAACCUGCAAGCUUAUUGGUGUUUUCUGCUGGUAAAACCCCACCAACUAGUAUUGUAGCUAACACAGAUUUCAAUGUAACUGUGGAAAUCUUAGACGGUGAUAACAUUACUAUAACAACUGGAAUAGAUGCUACUUUAGAAAUGACUCUGCAAGUUGCAUAUUUAAAUGGACUUGUUGAGCAUUAUUCAUCAGUUCCAUUUGAAGAUAUGGUCAGCGCUUUGCAUGUUCGUUUAGCUGGUGACAAUGUAAUUCAGUCCAAAUCUACAUAUGAUUUUGUGGACAACCAAAGAGCAGUUGGUGGCACCGCAUCCUUCACAGGACUGCGUUUUCUUGAUGUUCACAGCUGUGUUAAAUUAAACAUCACCAUGAAAAUGCCAGGCUUCCCUAAUGCCAGAUUACCCAAUGUUUACAGUGACACAGCACUGAAAUUUGAAUAUAGUGUUGCUGGAAACAGAAAGGCAUUUGUCUACAAUGGGACCUCUGAUCGAGCCAUCUUAAUUAGUGAUUGCAUUUCUGUAACAGAACAAACACUAGAUUCUUUAGUUAUAAUCAGUGAUCCAGUGAAGUCCAAGCAAGGGGCAAACUUUCCAGUAGAGCCAUAUGUGGUGCUGGAAUUACAGGAUGCAGCAGGAAGGAGAAUCUUCUCUGGAAAAGAUUCUAAUUUGACAAUAAAUGUGGCUGUCAGCGAUAAUUCUGCCUGUUUGUCAACUGAUUCAGCAACACUAGUGGCAAAAGAUGGCAGAGCAGUAUUUGUUGGCUCACUUUGUGCUCCAAUAUCUAGUGUGUCUCUGUCUUUUUCAACAACAAGUGCAAUAUCAGCUAGCUUAGUGACAAGCGGUUCAACAGCAACAUUUGAAGUCACAGAUGAUGUAUAUUUGGGCAAUUACAUAGAUUACUAUUCUUCUGGAUCCACCUCAGAUACUGGACCAAACACAGAUUCUUUUGUCUGGCAUGCACUGGAAGAUAUCAAAGCCAACAAAUAUCCUAAUCUUUUACCAGGAAGGAAUCUUCAUAUCAAUUCAUACAACACAAAAAAUGAUGCUGUCACCACAGCCAAAGAAUUGGAUGGAAUGCUUGCCGAAGGAGAGUCAACUCCACACAAGAGAGUGAGAGGGAUUAUUGGACUUGGAACCAAUUCCCUGACAGAAAGUCUAGCUCCAGUGUUGGCUGCCAACAAAAUCCCCCAAAUUGCCACCAGAGAAGAUGAAUAUGGAUUUAGAGAUAAGGCUAUAUACCCUUACUACAAUAGACUGUCAUGGAACGUAGGAUCUUUGUCUCAUAGCAUCAUGAUGGCAGCGGCUUACAGAAAUUGGAAAAAGAUGAUAAUAAUUAGACAGUCCAACUUAAAAAUCAACAACAUCCUCAUUCAGAAAGCAAAAGACUUCAAUCUGGAAAUUACUGCAGAGAUUUCUAUACCAUUCAUUCCUCCACCUUUCUACAGACCUGGACUCUUACAAACCUACAUUGAUAAGAUUAAAUCCUAUGGAGUACGGAUAAUAUGGAUGUUCAUGAUUCCUCCCUUUAUGGCCUUUAUUCUGUGUGAAGCUAGAAGCAAUAACAUGACAUCCUAUGAUGGAUACCAAUGGGGUGCUUUUGGACAAUAUGGCUGGUAUUUCCCUUAUGAGAACCAAUACUAUCCAGGAUGUUCUGAUCCAAAUGAAUUGCCAUGUACUACAGCAUUCAAGGGUUGGAUAGGAAUUGAUUCUACAUAUGAUUUAAAUGGAUUGAUGACGGACCAUUGGAAAAGAGUAAUGGAGAGACAUUUAUUUACUGACAGAGUUCAGAAAAAUUACAGAGGAACAAAUAGAAAGAAUAAGUGGCUAGAGGUGUUGGCUAUUUAUGCAUUGGCAUAUGAUGCAGUGAUGGUGUACAGUGAGGCAUUGACAGCUCUGAUGCACAAGAAUGAGACCAUCACCCCAGAGAAGCUAGUCAACCAAAUCAGAAAUGUUGAAAUGGUUGGACUUACAGGGCACAUUAAAUUUGAGAACAAAACAGGUGAUCGACCCGGCUUUCGUGGAUUUAUGUGUGUGGUUAAUCCUCAUCCAAUAGGAACUUUGGCUCCAGCUUCACAUACAGCUGUAUUUGCAAGAACUUUUAUUCUGGAAAGCACGGAUGCAACCACACAAAUGGAAAUUGCAAUGCAAGCCAAGAGACCUUUGAGUCUUCCACCUUAUAAUCAUAUACUUGCCAAUUACACAACACCAGAGUCCCCAUUCCUAAACAAGUUCAAAUACAAUACCUCGACAGGAAUGAUAAGUGCCUUCACACAACAGAUAAUUCCUAUCCCUCCCUCCACUGUUCCACCACAAGACGUCGUAAAAGAAGAGUAUACAAUAGCUCCAUUCUAUUGUUCUGGGGGAUGUGGAGGAAAUGCUACAGAUGAAUAUGAUGUCACCAAGUAUCAGUUUGGGAAAUGUAUAUCUAUGGAAAAGUGCCAGUGUAAUGAGGGGUAUUAUGGAGAUAACUGUGAGAAGAUGCUGUGUACUUGUCUAAAUGGCUACUGUAAAGUUCCUAAGAACUGUACUUGUGACUCAGGGUGGUAUGGAGAUCGAUGUCAGCAUGCCAUUUGUAGUUCUUGUGUAAAUGGGCGGUGUACAUCUCCUGAUGUGUGUACGUGUGAAGGCUCCUAUACUGGUGCCGCUUGUGAUACAUCUCUCGUCGUUGCUACCGUUGUGCCUAUCCUUUGUUUAUCUGUUGCCAUUGUUGCUUCCAUUUUCUUUGUGAGAUGGUUCCUCAGGAGACAGCAUCUGAGAAAUGCCUUACAGAACUUGGACUGGUUGGUUAAGUUUGAUGAAGUGAUGAUUGGAGAUGCAAGAGCUCUUAGUUUUGUGUCCACUGCUGGAGAGGACCUAGCAAUAUCAAAUAAAUCUAACAUCUGCACAUGGAGAAGUCAAAAAUGUUAUAUGCAGAAAUUCAAUUGUGAUUCCCUGUCUGUAGAAAAUGAAGACCUGCGAUUUGAAGUUGUAAAAUUGAAAGAGACACGUCACAAUAAUCUGAUAUUAUUUGUUGGUGCCUGUCUGGAUUUCCCAAAUGUUUGUGUUCUGACUGAAGUGGCUCCUAAAGGCAGUAUUGAGGAUUUACUACUAAAUGACUCGGUAAAACUUGGAUGGGACUUCCGUUUUUCGUUAUUGAAAGAUAUAUGUCGUGGAAUGGAAUUUUUACACCGCUCCGAUAUUGGAUCACAUGGAAGACUCAAGUCUUCAAACUGUGUGGUGGAUAACCGAUGGACUUGCAAAGUCACAGGUUUUGGCCUUCCAACUUUAAGAUAUGAUGGUCCCAGGAAGUACUUUGGUGAAGUGCAUGAACCAAAAGUCAGCAACCUGUUCUGGACAGCACCAGAAUUGUUACCAGGCUGUAAAACACUGGACCAAGUGAGAUGUGGUACAAAAGCAGGAGAUGUGUACUCUUUUGCCAUAAUCAUGGGAGAAAUGUGCACACGUGAAGAACCAUAUACAAAGGAACUGGGCUUCUUAGAUCCAGAGCAGAUUCUCAAACUGGUUAUAGAUAAGGAUGCUCCAAGUGCUGCUGCAGCUAAGAAGAUCUGGUACAAGAAUGGAGGAGAUACGACGAAACCUUUCCGACCAGAAUUGGAGGACAGUUACCUCCCAGAGGAAUAUUCAGCCAGAUCGGGCAUGAGGAGGUUGUUUGCCCAGUGCUGGAACAAUAAACCUGAUGUUCGACCAACAUUCAGACAAACUCUGGACAGGCUGAAUGAAAUUUACCCUGUCAAGGGGGAGCUGAUAGACAACCUGGUUAACAUGCUGGAGAAGUACUCCAGUAAUUUAGAAGCUAUUGUGGCAGAAAGGACAAGGGAAUUAGUGGCAGAAAAGGCAAGGACAGAAGAACUUAUCAGUCAAAUGUUGCCAAAGAAAGUAGCAGAGGAUCUCAAACAUGGUAAAACUGUGGAGCCUGAAGCAUUUGAAUGUGUCACCAUAUAUUUCAGUGACUUGGUAGGAUUUACAGCUAUUGCCCGUGACAGCACACCAUUCCAGGUAGUCACGCUUCUCAAUGAUCUCUAUACAUGUUUUGAUGCUAUAUUGGACCACUAUGAUGUGUACAAAGUGGAGACCAUUGGUGAUGCAUAUAUGGUUGUCAGUGGACUACCAAUCAGAAAUGGCAAUCUUCACGCCGGGGAGAUCGCUACAAUGUCAUUAGAGUUACUAUCUGCUGUACUGACUUUUAAGAUCAGGCAUAUGCCAGAGAAGUUCUUACAGCUACGAUGUGGAAUGCAUUCAGGGCCGUGUGUUGCUGGAGUGGUCGGGCUGAAGAUGCCUAGGUAUUGUCUGUUUGGAGACACAGUUAACACAGCAUCAAGAAUGGAGUCCAGCUCAGUAGCUCUGAGAGCCCACAUGAGUGAGAGUACAGCAGCCAUCUUGGAGGAGUUGGGAGGAUAUCAUCUAGAGUGCCGAGGAGAAAGAGAAGUCAAGGGAAAAGGAAUAAUGAAAACCUACUGGUUAAAUGGGAAAGAUGGAUUUGAUAAAGCCUUACCAGGGAGAGAGUUGGCAGUCUCACUAUCACAGCAUGAGUUCAAGUAGACUUGUCUGUGGAUAUAAAUACAUUACAUCACAUGGGAAUAUGAUGUAACAUGUAUGGGAACAGUAUUAACUUCUGACUGAAUUAACCAAAAUAUUUAGUUGGCAGCAAAAAAGUUCUCCUGAUAAGCAUAAAGAGAAGAUGGCCAUUUGGAGAGGAUUAAGGGAAAGAUUACUUGUUUUAUUUAGAAAAAAACUAACCUGUGGUUAUAAUUGGUCAAAAGGCCUAGCUGUUAAAAUCAAUGAUCAAAGGUAAAGUAAACAAGUUUAGAGUGGAACCAUCAUAACUUAACCUGACUUUCCUGUACUCUACAGCUUUACCUUAAAGCAAAUAUUUGAAAUAUCAAGCAAUUAUUGAAUCUUUAGAUAGGACUGAAACAAUACAUCCACGUAAUGAUACUUGAUCACAUAUAAUAGACAACUUUCACAUUCUUAAGAGAUCUCUCUUUGUUGGUAUAACAAGCAUCCU